UGAAACUACAUAGUGAAGAGGAAGAUAUUGUCAGGAUGAAGAAUAUUUUCCUCGAUUUCUUGCUGAAUGGAGCUGCGAGGCAGCAGCCAUGCUCCCUUCCCAGUCUCUCCUGCAUGCUGCGGUGUUUGCACUCACAGUCCUUCAGGCCCUUGCCUCCGACACCUUCAUCGCUGCCGUCUAUGAGCACGCGGUUAUCCUGCCAGAUGCCACGGACGAGCCCGUUUCUCCCGAUGAUGCUUUGGCCCUGAUGAACAAAAACAUGGAUGUCUUGGAAGGGGCCGUCAAGGAAGCCGCCCAGCAGGGUGCCCGCAUCAUUGUGACUCCUGAAGACGGCAUUUACGGCUGGCGUUUCACCAGAGAAACCAUCUACCCCUACCUGGAGGAUAUCCCUGAUCCGGCGGUGAACUGGAUUCCCUGCACCGACCCCACAAGAUUUGCUCCAGCACCAGUGCAGGAGCGACUCAGCUGCAUGGCCAGGAGUAACUCCAUCUACGUGGUUGCAAACAUCGGGGACAAGAAGCCGUGUAACUCCAGUGACGCCGGCUGCCCUCGCGACGGUCGCUAUCAGUACAACACCAAUGUCGUCUUUGACUCGGAGGGGAAACUGGUGGCUCGUUACCACAAGUACAACCUAUUUAGAAGAGAAACUCAGUUUAAUUACCCUAAAGAGCCAGAAGCCGUCACCUUUGAGACCCCCUUUGGGAAGUUUGGCAUUUUCACGUGCUUCGACAUCCUUUUCCGGGAGCCUGCCGUGGUCCUGGUGAGCGAGUUGCAGGUGGACACCGUGCUCUUCCCGACGGCUUGGAUGAACGUCCUGCCCUUUCUGACUGCGGUUGAGUUUCACUCUGCCUGGGCUAUGGGCAUGGGUGUCAAUUUGCUUUCAGCAAAUACUCACAACAUCAACUUGGCAAUGACAGGCAGCCGGCUGUUCACGCCGGAGGGACCCGCCGCCUACCAUUACGACAGUGGGACGGAGAAGGGAUGUCUCCUGCUAGCGGAGCUGAGCGCACGCCCCCGUCUUUCUCCCACCUACCCGCCUGCCGUCAACUGGAGCUCCUUUGCCACAAGCAUCGAGAAAUUUCCAGGACAAAAAGACACUUUUUCAGGAGCUGUCCGGCGGGAUAUAUUCACUUUCAGUGAACUCAGGAGCAAAGCUGGAAAUUACACGGUUUGCCAAGGCGACCUCUGCUGUCAUUUGAUCUAUCGGAUGGCAAACAAAAGCAAAGAUGAAGUUUAUGUCCUGGGUGCAUUUGAUGGGCUUCACGGUUCUCUCAUAAAGUACCAUUGGCAGAUAUGCACGCUGCUCAAGUGCAAGAGCACCGACCUGAACACGUGCGGGCAGCCGGUGGAGACUGCGCAGACCAGGUUUGAGAGGUUCUCCCUCAGCGGCACAUUUGGCACCAACUACGUCUUUCCAGAAGUCUUGUACAGCGGGGUGCAGCUGGCCCCCGGGGAGUUCGAGGUGCUGCGUGAUGGACGUCUGGAAAGUAAUCAUGGCACAUCGAAACCACUCGUAACAGCGACACUUUUUGGAAGGUAUUAUGAAAAGGACCUGCCACAUCCUCUGCGCACCUCCCCAAAGCAUAACUCCUUAGCUGCUACACGGUCACCAUAG